UCAUCCUGAAAACUUUGCGAGUAGGCAAAAAUCAUGAGAAGAGGUCACCCGCCGGUCAGCCCAUUGGUAUUUUCUUUCUUUCAUGAAAAGAAAGUUUUUCUUCCGUAAUCCGAAGAUGAUAGUAUGAUUAAUGAUUCUACUAGUAAUUGUGAUCGGACGGUGGCUUUGCCUUUGCUCGCCUUCUUUCUUCUUCCCUACUCCAAGGCUUAUUACCGCCUCUUUUUCCUCUCCACGCCUUGCUGCUCAGCUUCCUUCUCAAGAAAAACACUACCCUAUAAAAUGUAAACGACGCCACCUCUCCCAAAUCAUCGUAGCAACAGCGACAGCCAAAAAACAUCAUCAAAAUUCUUCGGGGGGAGAGAGUUUGAUGGAGGAGAAGGGUGCGGAGGCGAUGACGCAGAAGGCGCCGGAGAAGGAGGCGGCGGCGAUGGCGUGCUACCGGAGGACGGUGGGGGAGGAGGCGACGUUCAAGGAGAGAUCCAAGGACCUGUUCCGGCAGUUCAAGGACGCGCCGGCGGGGGAUCACUGGGUCUGCCUCAAGAACAAGGUCCGCGCCGCCGGCGAGUACGCCACCCUCCGUACUCGCCAGGGCAUCACCAUGUUCGGCGAGCCAAAUGUCGGCGACCUCUUGGGAAGAACCAAGGAUGACGACUCCAAGAAGACGCCUUCCGCGUAAAUUAUAGACCAAGAUUGAGUGGAGAAGCAGUAGCAUUCUUGAGGGCGAACCAUCUAAGUUUGUUAAUAAGUGUUCUCUCUAUGGUUAAAUGAUUGAUUAGUUCGAGUUUUACUCCGUUCGUGUUGAUUAGUCCAGGCUUUCGAGGUGUAAUAGAAUACUGCAACAAUAGAAGUGUGUUUCUUUUUGUUUUGGUUA